UGGAGGGCUAGUGUUAAAGUGUCGGGACACCUUAACCGCUCGGCCAUCGCGGCCCCUAAAUGCUUCAGUUACCAUAACACGGGUCAGUAAGUUACCGGGUAAAGACGGAAAACAGGAAGAGAUUGAGACAAGGAAGUAUCCAUACGAUUCAGUUGUUAAAACUUUGCCGAGGACUUCGGAUAGAGACAAGAAAUGGCUGCCGCUGUAAACUGUCCCCAAUGGGUUAGUAAAAAGUUGCCUACCGAUAAUCUGACAAAGAAUACGAUAGAAGAGAAAGAUGUAUUGUGUGCAAAAACAUCUGGUGUUUUGCUAAAGACACCUUCCGGGGAGCUGGUCCAAGCAGGAUUCAAGCUGAUGCAAUGUGAAUCAGGAUUCAGAAUUGUAGAACUCGAUCCCGACAAUGCUAUUGUUUCUAAUUUACAACUCAUGCAGAAUGACAAACUCCUUGCAAUCAACAACGUCGACGUAAGCCACUGGGAACAUCACGUGGUAGAGGACUUUAUCAAACAUAUGUUUGACCCAGAUCAAAGUCGUAUGACGAUGGUAGUUGAAAGACAAGAAUUGGCCAAUGGAGAAACAGCGACUGUUGAAAUUGUGGUGGAUUAUUAUGUUUCCAGAGGUAAUGGUUCGCGUAUUGUCUCCUGUAUUAGACGAAUGGACCCAUUCUCCAAUUUAAAUGUCGUUUACUGUGUAGAGUUCACCGGAAGUGACGUGUGUCUGAUUUCGAUAGACACCAUGAUAUCCCAGCUAUACCUGAAAUGUGAAGCUGACGGCAGAUUAACAAUGAGCAAUUUGUCUUCUCGGACUGACACAGCAUAUCAUUUCAAAAGAACUUUAUUUCAUGGUUUUGUAAAGAAGAACAAUGAAAACAACAGCUGCUUCCCUUGUGUCCUGCAGUCGGUAUAUUUGGGGAAAUACUUAUCCGUUCAGAGCUGUUCGACUGUAGGCCUUUCAACAAAGACUGAGUCAAAUGAUUUAACAUCGAUGACGUCACUUCGGAAAACUGAUUCUCGGUUUUUCCUCCUGAAACUGAAGAAGAUUGGACAACAAAAUGAAUAUGUAUUAGAAUCUUCCAUCUUACAAAAUAAGUACCUCACCUGGGAUAUCACCAAGGAGAAGAUGAAGCUAGCCAGUUCAGCAAAGUCUGCAGGUCUCAUCUCAACAAACUCAACCUUUCAUAUGUAUGCCCAAUAAUACAAGGCAACAAAAUAACACUAUUAUCAAAGUACAUUGAAACUUUGUAAUGGGUUCGUUAACAAAUUUCUAUUGCUUGUUUGAUUUUUGAAGAAAUGUGUUAAAACUUGACUCUUUUUGCCAACGAUCUAGACUAGGAUGAAAGCCGGUGAAAAGGUAAAUCAAAUAUGUAUAGCGUCUGUCGAGAGUUCAGAUUGGUUGGGCCGUUGAAUGUUUUCCUCUCUGUUCAACUUAAGGAAAACAUAUGGAAGUACAUUCUUCAUGACGUCAUUUCUGCAUAUUUAAAGGCCUAGUGUUGUUUUAAAGGUGUUUACCUAUAACACAAUAUUGAUAACAUGUUGUAAAGACUCGGCCAAUCACAAAAACAGAUAACAAUGGUCCGUGAUCAGUGAAAUCUUAUCAUCACAAUCUGCUGCUGGCGAUAGAAUAUUCCUGUAGUCUUGAUGCAACGUUUAGAUAUUAUUAAUAUUGGUAACGGUUGUCCUUAUUGAUAUUAAUGCUGUUGACUAAAUUAUGGAUUUUCGAUUUAUUUGUCGUACAGUUUGUACAGUUUUUUAAGAGAUCAUUUUUACUAUUCUUGACUUUUGGUACUUGAAUCUCCGCAUAUUUUUAUGUUAGAACUUGUUCGGUAAUAAUGCAUUUGCAAAUCAAUCAUGAUGAUACAUGGCAUUUUAUCUUUUGUGUGUCAGCUUUAAAUAAAAUGAAUAAAUAUUUCCCUUUAUCA